AUGGUUGUCCAUAAUCUUGCAGAGUACGUGGCCUACCACCAAGCCAAGCUGCGUGAAGAGCAAGCUCGCAAUUCCUCCGCCUCAUCUACUCCUGCAAAGAAAUACGGUGUUAACCCAAUCCACAGCAAGUCCUCCUUCGCGACCUCCGUCUUGAAGGCUCCCGACUCGAGAUUGGUCGUUCUUGACUGUUUCGCUACCUGGUGCGGUCCUUGCAAGGUCAUCGCCCCCGAAGUCGCCAAAUUCAGCGAGUCCGAAGAAUUCAAAGAGAAGGUUGACUUCUACAAGAUCGAUGUCGACGAGGUCCCCGAUGUUGCUCUAGAAUUGGGCGUCAGAGCCAUGCCUACCUUCAUGCUCUUCAAGGCCGGUCAGAAGGUCGCCGAGAUCGUCGGUGCCGACAAGAGGGCCCUCUAUCAGGCCAUUCAAACCCAUCUGUAG